AUUACGUUGCACUGCCGCUAGCAGCCAGUGCAGAUACACACACUUUGAAUGAAAGUCGUCAAGUGUUCCAGACUGAGACCUCCACCAUCUGCCAAUAUAUGAACGCUUUCAACACUGAAAUCAUCCGUCAGUGUAUGUAUCCAGUGAGACUAUAUCACUAGUGCUUGGCAUUCACUUUGAUCACAUUUCCGCGUUUCCGAGGAAAAGUGCCUGUCCCAUAUUGAAGACCGGGAGUGUGUGCGGCGAUGCAGCGGCUCACGGCGCAGCUCUUCGCCGGGCUGGUUGCAGCGGUGCUGUCCGUGCUGUUUGUGCAGUGUUGGGCGGACGGCGGCGGCCCCCCCAGCUUGACCGAAAGGGUGAUCUGGGCUGUCAAUGCAGGAGGGGAAUCGCACGUAGACGUGCACGGUAUUCACUUCAAAAAGGACCCUUUGGAAGGCAAACUCGGUAAAGCCUCUGACUAUGGGAUGCGUUUGCCGAUCCUGCGCUCCAGUCCGGAAGAUCAAGUUCUGUACCAGACAGAGCGCUACAAUGAAGACACUUUUGGAUAUGACAUUCCAAUACGUGAGGAAGGCGACUAUAUACUCGUAAUGAAGUAUGCAGAAGUUUACUUUGCCCAGUCACAGCAAAAGGUAUUUGAUGUUCGGCUAAACGGCCACGUGGUGGUGAAGGACCUGGAUAUCUUUGAUCGAGUGGGUCACAGUACAGCGCACGAUGAAAUAGUGGCCUUCUCCAUUCGACGUGGCAAGCUGAGUGUGCAAGGAGAGGUGUCCACAUUUAACGGGAAGCUCACGGUAGAGUUUGUAAAGGGCUAUUAUGAUAACCCAAAGGUCUGCGCCCUCUAUGUAAUGAAGGGAACACCAGAAGAUGUACCAAAACUCCAGCCUCACCCUGGCUUGGAGAAGCACGAGGACGAUGAGGAAGAAGAGGAAGAUGGAGAGGGAGGGGACGAUGGAGGCAAGAAGAAGCUCCCGCCGGAUUCUAAGCCCAGGGUCCAGUCGGGACCCCGAACGCCGAACCCCUACGCUGCCGACAACAGCAGCCUAAUGUUCCCCAUCCUGGUGGCGUUUGGCGUCUUCAUCCCCACUUUGUUCUGUCUCUGUCGGCUGUGAGAUGACUGGACGGACACGACAGGUGAGGGGAGGGUGGGAUGCGGGCGUUUCGAGGAGGUAAAUCAUACACAUGACUCGGAGGAAAUCUGGACCACGGAGGACAAUAAGUGCAGGAGGAGGCAAGAGAGAAGGCGAGCAGGGUGAACGUUUGCCUUCUACCUUCUGCUCUCCACUUUGAAUGACAUGCUUCAUCCAUUUCCUAUUCCAGAUGAAGUCUUCAAAGGUCUGAGCUCAGCAAACACACCGUUCUUCCCCGGGGGCCGCUGUACCAACUUUUCAGUAUUUUGCACGCAGCAUGGGGAAAGCCACACUUUGUCUGACACAGUCUUCAUCCUCUGGCCAUACGUGGGAUUAGAAACAGGCUCCAUACGGAAUAAACCACAAGAUGAACUAUGUGGAAAUAUAGCCAUCGUUUUGGCUACUUGCCUUUCUGUGUCGAAUUAGUCCAUUGUAUGUGUGGCGUAAUCUCACAUGAUAUGGAAAGCCCUGUGUGCAUUCAUAUUCAAUAGAUUUAAUAUCCAUCUUAAAGUCCAUGUGCUUCUACGCGCUUUCUUCUCACUAGGCAGCUUUAUUUAUAAGGCACAUUUCAAACACAAGGCAACUCACUGUGCUUCACUCAAGCAGACACAGCCCAGACAAGCAUUUACAAACACAACAGUUAACGACAUUCGGAACCAAACAAGAGAAAAACAAAAGUAGCUUACAGAAAAUGCUGAAAGUACAUUGACAACAUUUAAAUACAUGAACAAAAAAGUUUCGACAUUUUAAAGUAAAGAAAUUAGUGGGUUUCUAAAAUGACAAAAGAAAUGUCAACAAAAAAAUUCAAACAUUGAAAGGACCUUGAAAGCAGUUACACUUGGGACUGACCUCACUUAUGUUGGGUAUCUUGUAGACUGUAAAUUUCCCCAGUGUGGGACAAAUAAAGGAUAUCUUAUUCCGUUUGUGUGCAGCAUAACAGGUACAUGCUGCUUCACCAUGUUUACUUUGAACUCUGGGCUCCACUAAUUGACUCAAGUGUGCAGAUCUCAGAGCCUUACAUCAAUCCAGCCAUUUAUUUUCUAAUCACUUGGCAACCAUUUCGGGGAGUACCCACCAUACUACAUGAAGACAGCUGGGAUAGGCUCCUGCACACCCGAGACCCUCAUGAGGCCAAUUGUGGGGCCAGAGCCAGACAGCAUGUCUUUAAUGGAUUCAGGACCUAAACCAUCAGUGAUUUGUCGACCAGUAGCAGAACUUUAAAAACUAAUCUACCGCUGAUUGGGAGCCAGCUUAAAGGGAAGUCAACCCUCCAAAAAGUUUUUACAAUAAUUGGUUCUAUGCAGCACCGCUAGUCUAAACAUGGCAUUCUGAUUAAUCUUGCAUUUGUGGAAUAUGAGUUAAGCAGUAAAAUCCACCCGUUUUUGUCCUUUUCAGGCGUCUGCCAUUUUGCCACUAGCUGUCAACUGCAAAUAACAUCACAGUCGCUCGGGUAAUGACCGAUCACGCCUCGGCUUCAGAAAACAGGUGAGCAGUGAUUGGUCCUUACCUGAGCCUUGAGCAACUGUGAUGUCAUUUUCAAUCAACAGAUACUGGCAAAAUGGCCGCCCCCUUAGUUGGCUAAAAAGCGGUGGAGUUUGCUCUUAAUAAGAAUGCCGUGUUUAGACUGUUAGAGCCGCAUCAAAAAUAUUACUGCAAGGAACAUUAUCUGGUUGACUUCCCCUUUAAAGCCUGUAGCACUGGAUUCAUAUCUUCUCCUUGUUCUGGUCAGAACACAAGCUAUAGCUUUCUGAAUCAUUCUCUUUUGAGGGGGUACAGUCAGAAGACCAUUACUUUUAUCUUCAGUAGACAAUUAGUUUAUAGUUAAGUCUCUCCUAGUCUGCCGAGAGGAUGCAACCCUUCAGUCUGGAUACCGGUACAUGUUUCAGCUGGUAAAAAGGCUGUUUUAGUGAUGUUAUUUGAUAUGAGUGUUGAAAGUCCGGUCUGAGUCGUAUCAGUGACCCAAGCUUUCAGACUUGGCCUUUGGUUUCAAAAUGCAGUGUUUUCGAAGAGAAAUCCUCUUCUUUAUUACCAAAAACAAUGACAUAUGUUUUGUUUUGGUUUAGCUGAAGGAAAUGUUGUUUCAACCAGCUGUUAAUUUGCUCUCGAUGACAUUGUGACAGUUCAAACUGCUGUCAUUUGGGGACAUUAAUAAAUAUAGCUGUGUGUCAUCUGUACAAACAUGACAGCCAACAUUGACGUUGUGAAGCAUUUGACCGAAAGGUAACAUUUACAGACUGAACAAAAGCGGUCAAAGUUCUGGCCCUUGAGGGACGUCACAUGUCAUGUACAUUCAGAUUCACAACUUCCAGUGGUCACCAAGUAACACCUGGACCAUUUUAGGACUGUUCCAUUUAACCCCUUUCAAGUUUCUAACCAGUUCAACAGUCUAUUGUGAUAUAUUUUAUCAAAUGCUGCACCAAUACAAUUGGCACCGACACCUUCCCUGCGUCACUGUUCAAUCUCAUAACAUUUAGUACUUUAAUAAGAGCUGUUUGCGUUCUGCGAUGAGGUCAGUAACCUGAUUGUAAUUAAGUCCGUCUGAGUUUAAGAAGUUGCAGAAUUGAUGAAAUCACUUUCUUGACAACCUUGGUUAAGAAGGAAAGUUUUGAGAUAGGUCUAGAAUUUGCUGCAAAGGACACCUCGAGUUUUGACUGGUCAGGCCAAAAGUGUCAUCAGUAGUGGGGGAAAAAAUGUUGCUAUUGUAAGGCAGUCAUUCGACCUGUGCGCUCGGUCAUUCUCCUAGUGUGCUGAAGUGUGUAGUGUAUGUACAUGGACAUUAUGCUGGAUAUCAAGGUUAUGGACUACAGUACAUGUAAAUGUUCAAACAACUUUGCAAGAGCUGGAGACCUCACGAGUCUCCUCAGCAGCAGUCAGGUGAUUAGGAUGGCUCUGUUUCAAAAUCCACACCUUGGAAAGACCUCAAUCUUUGCAUUUCUCCGUUCUUGUCUUUUCCUUAGUUUGCCAGCUUUUGAGUUCACCAAUAAGUGUCAUUUGAAAUUGUUGCACGUUUUGAACUAGGUAGUAGCUUAAAAAAAUUACUUUCAUCAUCAGACCUCACUUUAUCUAAGUUUGUGACAAAACAAGAGGGAGUCUGCAUUCCCUUACAAUUAUUUGUUCACUGUUGCGACUCGGUUUGUUAAGCAUGCAGUUUUGUUGUCUGAUAACGGCACGGAGUUCCCACAAGUAGCCUGUGGCCGUCAUUGCGCCCGUCUUCUAUCCAUGAAAUGGCUCAAGAGUGCUUUCCAUUGACAAGAAGAAAGCACAACAUCACUGGUGGUUCCAAACAAAUGUUUACUCCAUGUCCUUUUGAAUUCCCAGCAGCCUUUUAAAAAAAACCUCUUGUCUUAAAAAAACAUCCGGCCUACUUUUAUCUUUCCUUUUUUCAUACCAAUGAAAACUUUAAGGUUUAGUUCAGCAAUUUUUGGUUGUUGACUAAACUUUUUUUUUUUUAAAUCCCUGCAACUACUUUGAUGCCCAUGACCUCAUUGUCAUGACCUCCUCUUUGUGUUACAUACAGUCUUGGCCCUUGCACAAGACCAAACAAUUUUCUAAGAAAUUUGUUCUCAAUCCUCUUGUUAAAAAUGCAUUGCAUUUUUUUCAUGUUCAAUUGAUAAGUCUUAACAUGUCAAUGCCACCUGCAUCCAACCCAAUUACAAAUUUAUGUGCUGUGGAUCCUUCCUUGCUCCUCUUUUUUUUUUUCGUUGACUGAUAGUAGAACACAGAAUAAUGUGGUGCCAUUUUCUUUCCUUUGUCGCAAGAUGUGAGCAUCUUCUUCCCCUGUCCAAAAGGGUGCAAAAACAUCAUUCAAAAUUGCACUCAGAACAUUUGCUGAUGGCAGUGGUCACAUGUGUAUAUAUGGUAGAAAUCACACAUUUUCGUUCAACGGUUCGCUUCUCAGUUUGAACUGAGAUGUUGGGACUUUGUUUGUUUUUGUUUUGGCUUUCUCUUUAAGAUACACAUGACGUUUCUUUAGGAGAGGAACAGCUGUUGCGACAAAGUAUGAGACAACAACAAAAUGGAACUGACAGACAAAAGAAAUGGUUGUCAUGAAAACAUAUAAAUGAGCUUCUCUGAAAAUGUGUGGUUCUUCCAUUUGAUCAUGUUGUAAUUUAAAUCUGAGUGGGGCUGAUCUGGAGAUACGUUGUUCUGCGUUUGGAUUUAGUGUGUGAAAUGUUGCCUCAGGAUGUUUUUUUGCUUGGAAUAGUUUUAACAUUUUAUUGGUGUGAACUUUUUGCACUGCCUUGUGUGUCAUUGUCGUUGCCUUGAAUUAUCGAAUACAUUGUGCUUUACCAUCAUGAGCCUUUUUUUCCCCUGGAGUUAUCACUCCACGCAAACAGCUCUUGCCGGAGUGAAGGAAGCUUCAUCGGUCAGCAGAAUUUCAUUUGUACUUGGUCAAUUUGUUCCACGAGAAAUUAUGUGGAACGUGGGAGACUUCUGUCAAACAUAAGCCGACACCGAUUUUAUUUUUAGACAUUGGCCCCGGUAUUGUUAGUUCAUCGCGCUCAUAAAAGCACCGGAGGGGAAUGAAGAUCCACUCUGUCUUUCCAUAUGAGAACCAAAGACUUGUCUUCACUCCAUCCGCAAUCUUCUUAAACACAGAGAGCUUUCUGAUUCUUUGCUUACCUUAUGAAGCAUCCAAUAAAUCAGGGAAGUCAACCCCAGCCAUGUUGAAAUCUUUUCACCCUCCUCAAAUCACAAUCUUUGAAAUUGUUCUGUAAUUAAGGGGACAUUGUUUGUCUGUUUAUUUUGUGAUAUACUGUACCCCAUUUCGCCGAACGCCCCAGCCUGCCCCCGCGCCCCACUCCUCUGUUAUUUACGAAUCAACUGUACAGUACACGUGAGGUGAGUGUGUUGAAACAGAGACAAAUUUACAGAGCAAAACCUCAGCAAACGUCUCCACCGUCCAGACAUCCCAAAAGUCCGUCACCCACCUCGAUGCGAGUGCGUGAGACGGCCCGUGGAUGAUCCGACCGUAUGCCAUAUACAUGUUUUGGAUUAACAAACUUUCCUGCAAGGCCUGAAGGCAGCAGCAGACAGACUGAGAAAUGUGUUCAAGUCUCUCGACACUCGGUCACAUGUGAUCCAUGCAAAGUGACAAAAUGCUGAUAAAUGCUGUCUCUUUUUAAUAAAUGUGCUAUUUUAUCAGA